AUGGACAAAAGUUGGAUGCUAAUCACUGAUAGACUUAGGUCUAGCGAAUAUGCCAAUGGCGUUAAAGAAUUCAUUACUUUGGCCCGAUCUCAUGCUAACGGUAGUGAUGAAAUUCGUUGUCCAUGUACCCUAUGCUCGAAUAAUUAUUUCUUACCUUUUAGUGAGGUCGAAAGACAUUUGUUCAUUAGGGGUAUUGAUAAAAAUUACACAGUGUGGAUAUUUCACGGCGAUGAGGAAUAUUUAUCUUUAAGUGAUGAUGAUAAUCUUCACGAUUCCCCACAUGAUGAUCAAUACAUUGAUGACAUUGAUAUUAUGUUAGAAGACAUUCAGGCUGGCAGAUUUAGUGGUGUGCCUUCAAACGAGUCAUUCAAUGGUGGGGGUACAACCUCAGUCGAACCUGAGUCAACCAAAUCUUUCGAUCAGUUGUUGGUUGACGCACAUCGUCCUCUUUAUGAAGGUUGUACAAAGUAUUCAAAACUUUCAUUUCUUGUCAAGUUGUUGCACAUUAAGACAUUGGGUGGUUGGAGUGUGAAGUCAUUCGACAUGCUUCUACAAUUAUUGAAAUCAGCUUUUCCCAAUGCCCUUUUGCCUAACUCAUAUCAAGAGUCACGUAGCUUGUUACGAGGGUUGGGCUUUACUUACACCAAAAUCCAUGCUUGUCUGAAUGAUUGCAUUCUUUAUUGGAAAGAAAAUGCAGAUAAAGAAGAGUGCCCAAAAUGUAAGGUGUCAAGGUGGAUAUUCAGCAAAAGUAAGCAAAAAAAUAUUCCUCAGAAGGUCCUGCGACAUUUCCCACUGAAGCCAAGAUUACAAAGACUGUUUAUGUCCCAAAAAAUAGCAGCUGAAAUGAGAUGGCAUAGAGACCAGCGCAUGAAUGAGCAUGGUGUUCUAAGACAUCCUGCUGACUCUGAGGUCUGGAAGGCAUUUGAUCAACAAUAUUCUUGGUUUGCUCAAGAUAGCCGCAAUGUUAGGCUUGGUCUAGCUAGUGACGGUUUCAACCCAUUUAAUAAUUUGAGUAAACCAUAUAGUAUAUGGCCAGUUAUACUUGUCCCUUACAACUUGCCCCCGUGGUUAUGCAUGAAAGAUCAAUUUUUCAUGACUUCACUCCUGAUUCCCGGACCGAGGUCACCAGGCAAUGAGAUCGAUGUUUACUUGCAACCUCUAAUAGAUGAACUAAUUGAUUUAUGGGAAAAUGGUGUUGAUACUUACGAUGCUAUGACAGCUCAGACGUUCCGAUUACAUGCAACUUUAUUUUGGACAAUUAACGAUUUUCCUGCAUACGGUAACCUUUCUGGUUGGAGCACUAAGGGAAAAAUGGCAUGUCCAUCGUGUAGGCAAGAAACAGAUUCGAUGUGGUUGACAUAUAGCCGAAAGCAUUGUUAUAUGGGUCAUCGUCGAUUCCUGCCAUCGGGUCACAAUUGGAGAAAAAAGAAGAGUAUUUUUAAUGGCAGUGUAGAACAUCGUGAACCACCUGCACACUUGGCAGCUGAAGAUAUCAUCAAUGAGAUACAAAAUAUUCCCUUCAAUGCUGAUUUUGGAAAAGCAAAUAAAAAAAGAAAACGUACCACUGAGGAGUUGAAUUGGACGAAAAAAAAUAUAUUUUUUCAAUUGCCAUAUUGGUCUCGGCUAAAGAUUAGACAUAAUCUAGAUGUUAUGCACAUUGAAAAGAACAUAUGUGACAACAUUUUGGGAACAUUGAUGAACAUAACCGGAAAAACUAAAGAUCAUGUCAACGCACGCCGUGACCUUUCCAAUCUUAAUAUAAGGAAGGAAUUACAACUAAAUCAAGAUGGACAGCGCAUCACUAUGCCACAUGCAUGUUUUACCUUGUAUGGAGUUGAGCGGACAGGUUUCUGUAAUUGGUUGCAUGAUGUUAAAUUUCCUGAUGGCUUUGCUUCUAAUAUUGCGAGAUGUGUUAGUGUUGUUGAUUGUAAAAUCUCUGAUAUACGAUUGGCACUGACUGAAUUCAGCACUUUUUUCAAAGAGUUGUGUGCUAGAACGUGUAAAGUUGAUGUCUUAGAAAGGCUUCAGGCUGAUAUCGCUAUCAUUUUGUGCAAGCUUGAGAUGAUAUUUCCACCUAGCUUCUUUGAUGUAAUGGUCCACUUAGCCUACCAUUUGCCACGUGAGGCCUUGCUUGCGGGACCAGUUCAAUAUAGGUGGAUGUACCCAUUCGAGAGGUAUUUGGGCAAAUUUAAGAAGUAUGUUAAGAAUAAGGCUCGCCCAGAAGGGUCAAUAGCAGAGGCGUAUAUCCAUGUAGAAUGCUUAAAUUUUUGCUCCAUGUAUCUCCACGAUGUUGAAACUAGGCUAAAUCCACAAGAACGGAACUUUGAUGGCGGAGAACAUGGUGUACAAGAUGGCUUACGGAUUUUUAGACAGAAGGUACGACCCAUGGGUGGCGCAUCACGUCACCAACUUGACAAGCAGCUUUUCGUAAAAGCCAAUUGGUAUGUGCUUAACAAUUGCGAAGAGAUUGGGCAAUACCUCAAUGAGCAUUAUAUGCAAAUUAGUGAAGAUUAUUCAGAUAAUGUUGACUGUAUGCAUGCUGCGCAAUUUCCAAGUUGGUUCAAGACACGUAUUCAAAAUCUGUGUGUUUCCAAUCCUGGUGAAGUCUCGGAGGAUUUAUAUGCUCUAGCGUGUGGUCCUGAUCCUUGGGUUGCAUCCUAUUCUGGUUGCAUCAUAAAUGGCAUACGGUUUCACACGAGGCAACGUGAAGAACAUCGACGAACCCAAAAUUCAGGUGUCCUAGUUAUGGGUGAACUAGGCACCCAAAGUGUCGAGUUCUAUGGUGUACUAAUAGACAUUCUGGAAUUUCGUUACAUGGGAUGGCGUCGUGUGUAUGUAUUUAGAUGUGAAUGGUUUGACAUCUCUGAUCCCAGACGAGGGAUUCGUGUGGGCGAUCAUCUAACGAGUGUGAAUAUGUCCCGAACGUUUUAUAAGGAUGAGCCAUUUGUUUUGGCGUGUCAAGCUUUACAAGUAUUUUACCUAAAAAAUAGUAGCCUCACUGGUAAUUGGUAUGUCGUGCAAAAGGUUACAAAUAGAAAUGUAUAUGACAUUCCACAAGCACCUGAUUCUGAUGAUGAUGCAUCCGAGGCUAGUGAUGUUGAUGCAUACCAAGAGGAUAAUUCAUCUGCUGCAUAUGUCUCGGUCCAAUUCGAUGACGGUGGUAUUGUUACUCCAAUGCACAGGCUCGAUGUUGAGGCUACUCAGAUUGAUGCGUCAAUCAUGGGGGAUGCUAAUCGCAACAAUGAUGAUCAUACUUUUAUCAAUGAUGAUAACAACGAUACCAGUUCGGCUUACAGUGCCGACCACGAGGGAAGCACGGAAGGAGAUAAUCCCUCGACAGAUGAUGAUAAUCUCUCAAUAGAUGAAGAUACAAACUAG